AUGGCUGUCGACUGGAGAACGAUAUUGCGCGUGGACGUAGAUCGUCUAGAUCCGAACGAUCCCAACAUUGAAUCCGAAUUGGAGACCCUCUAUCCUAUUCUGGUGAAGGGCCAAGUAGAUCUCGACGAUGCUCUAGCUACACCUGAAAAUCUAGUCAGACUGUUUAGGCUUACACAAUCUGUCAUGGAACUGAAGAACUUAUAUCUCGAGUCGGCCGAGAAGCAGAUACAAGAUGAUGAGACUUCCUUACAAGUCAGUGAAGCUGAAAUUGUUCGGCUGAAGAACCUCGGCAUGGGAGGAAAUGCUUCUGAAAUACGAUCGUUACGGGCAGAUUUGGAAGACCUGGAGAAAAGAAACAUGAUUCUGGCGCAGGACGCACAGAUAGCGCAAGAGACUUUGGAUAUGGAACGCAAGAACGUUGUUGAUUUGACCAUGGCAAUUCGUGACGAGAAAUCACGCUCGGCGGCUCUGAAUGCUAGUCUGGAGCGGCUCCAAGUAGAAUACAGCCACGUUAAUACGCAGCUGGGUGCCCAUGCUGAAAGAGCCACUGCUCGUCGAGCAGACGACGAAGACUUCAGGUCUCAACUAAAGGAGAAGAACGCCGAGAUCAACCGAUACCUUACAGAAAUCCAAUUAUUGACAACAGAUAAUGCUCAACUACGAGACGACGUUGAAAGUCUUGGAUCCGAACUGGAAGUUGCUGUUGCUGAAUUGGAACGUGCCGCUCGUGAACGUGAAGACUCGAGACAAGUCAUAACAAAAUCAGACGCACAGAUAGACUCCUUGUCUGGAGAAUGUGAUUCGCUCAGAAUAAGAGUUGGCGAGUUAGAAGAUGAGCUACGAGGUUACAAAAACUUGGACGAGUCACGAUAUGAAGACGCAAAUACUGAGGUUGCUCGCAUCAGAAAAACAAUGCGUGACUCUCAGAUGGAUUUGAACGACAAGGACAAGACGAUUCGAAAACUGCAGAUGGAAGUUGCCAAUUUGCGUGCUGGAAUGGAGGAAGCAGCAAUUGAUUCAUUGAGAAAGUCACUGACCGAACGCGAUGAAACAAUACAGCAAUUGAAAGCUUCGUUGGAACGUUCUGAGAGAGACUUUGCUCUUCUGGCAAUGGACUGGGAUCAGCUAGAAUCUGUGAAUGCUGCCAAGACAGCUCCAGAAACCCUCAUGGCACACCAGUCUGAAAUCGGUAGACUAAAGGAAAAUGCUGAAGCCUAUCACAGCAAGCAUUUAGAAAACUUGAAACGCCUCAAGCUGCUCGAAGAUCAAGAAGUAGAUCGGGAACGGGAAGUUGUCGAUUUGAGGGCUCGCAUGGAAAAAUACGAAGAAGGCACAUAUGGGCUACGUGAAGCUUCCCGUGAAAUAAAGGAGCUACAGCUUCAGCGCUCUAUGCGAGACAAAGAGAUUCUGGAUCUAACAAAGAGAGCCAAUGACUUUGAAGCUCAGAUAUGUGACUUCUUAGAAGAAAAUUCAGAGCUACGUCGUCGACUUGGCAUUGAUGAAAAGACUACUAUCGAUACUUCGAAUCUCAAUACAAAGAAGCACAUCGAGCUUGAGCAAGUCAAAGCUCUGAAUCAGACUUUACGAGGUGAAGUCGAACGAUUGGAAGAGGAACGAGUCCUGUUAAAGAGCCAGUUGAGAAUGCGGGCCUUGGAGCAAGGACAACGUGCGGUCGAGUUAGGUCUCACUGCCGAAGAACUGAUAGACCUGGAAGACUACACAGAUCGAUUAAGGUCCAAAUCUCACGUGGCCGACAAGUCUUCAGCCCCGGCAGUCGUGCACCAUACCGUAAUUCACCCUACACAUGCCCCGACUCUGGACAAGCUUGCGCUGGAGCUCGAGAGGGUGCAUGUAGAAUCAGCCGAAUCUCGAAUUCGUAUUAUGCAAAUGGAAGACGAGUGUAGAGUCAAAUCUCAAGAAAUUGAAGCUCUAUCCGCAGCAGUGCGUGAACUCUCGGAUAUGUUGAGCUCUCGCCGUCGCAGAACCCAAAGCGGAACCCGUGAGCAAUUGACAGAGGAGCAACUUCCUGCGGUACAACAGCUCCUUCUACUGCUUUCUAAUCGUGUCGGUUCUUCCCAUGGAACGACGAUGGAUAGUGUAACUCCGUCACUAUUGCACACUUCGAGAGGAUUAGAAUCGGAUCUAAGAUAUGCAGAAGACCGAAUCAUUGAGUUAGAGCAGGAACUAGAACGAUCAAAACGUAAUAGUGAGUCCUGGCAAACCCAACUUGAAGCUCAUGUUAAUGAGCGGAAAAACAAGAUCCUGAGCUGCCCCCGAGAUCUGAGACUGGCUAGCCAAGAUGUUCUGAUUGAGACUGUAGUCGAGCUUGGUGCAGAGCUGACAGCCAAGGACAAGGCCUUGUUGGAAUUGAAAGGGGAUGUCUCUCAUUGGAAGAAUGUUUAUGGCACUAUCUCCGGGCAAAUGAAGAAGGUUUACCGAGAGAAUCAUGAUCUCCAACAGAAAUUCAACGACGAAGUGGCCAAUGUCAGACACGAUGCGGCAGAAGUUAGCCUAGAUUUAGAAAAUGCCAACGCCAGAGCUCAAGAGUGGGAGAGUACUGCUUCACUCAUGCAGAAAGGCUCAGAUAGUGAUAUCCGGCGAGAAAUUGUAGAAUGCCAACGCAAAUUCAUCACAAUGAAAGUAAAUGAAACGGCUUUAAUUCGCAAGUACAAGGUUUUAGAAGAUUGUGACGCUCGUCAGCGCAAGGAGCUGACUCAACUUAAGGACGACUUCUCGUCGCUAGAAGCAGCCUCUUUACAGAGAAUUGGCCAUCUACAAGCUUCGUUUAAAUCUGCUUCGAGUCGUGUAGAGCAUUUGGAACAAGAGAUAUCGUGUACCGUUGCUGCGUCCGAUCAUGCCAAGAUAGUAUCAAAGCUUGAAUCAGAGAUUGCCCGCAACCGCUUACUCUUGGAACGCGAGAGAAGCUGGGAAGAGAAGGCCCAGCAGGGCAUUGAUGCCGAGAAUCUACGCCAUGAAUUGGACAAGUCUGUUGCUGAAGUCAAAGGACUGCAGGCACAGAUCGAAUCUGCCAACGCGUCUAUAAACUCUGUAUCUAUCGAAAGAGGAGCUGAAUCCACCUCAAGCCUCCAUCAGCAGUUGGGACAGCUGACCGCAAGUGUUGCAGUCUUGUCCUCACGUUGUGAGACCGCAGAGUCUCGAGCUGAACGACACCAGAAGGAGUCGCAACAGUUACAACGACGAGCUGAGGAUGCAGAGAAGAGGUAUCUUGAAGCGACUCAAGAGCUCAUGCAUUAUCGUGGUGAAGAGCUCAAGACUGCUAGGCCUGAUGAAGGUUUAGUAAAGGAGGCCAGACAGCUCAAAGAUGACAGAGAUCGCCUUGCUUCAGAAAUUCAGCAUUACAAACUUACAGCCGAUGUGUCGUCGCAACAGGCUCUUGAUUUGAAGAGCCGGCUUGAUCGUGACAAGAAGGAUUUCGAGUUGCUCAAAACUACGAUACGUGAAUUGCAAAACCAGUCAGAUGACAAGAUGGUCAUUGGCAAACUUCACAACCAUAUCAUUGCUUUACAAGCUUCGGAAACAGAGGCUUUGAAAAAAGCCUCGGCAUCAGAAAGACGACUGCUGAAGCUUGAUACAACUGUUGCAGAGCUGGAACGAGCACUGGACGAUAGGGACGCUUGUUUAUUCAAGGCUCGACAUGACUGCCGAUCUACUAUCAAUGAUUUGCGUAAAACUGUGCAAAGUAUGCGUCUCAGACUGGCUGGGUCGGUAACUUUGGAGAGAUACCAGCGAGCUUGUGACCAGCUACAUCUAGCUUAUGUGCAAACGAAAGCAAUGAACGACGAGGUUGCACAUCUUCUCAACAGCAAUAGAACUUUGGAAGCCCAAUUUGCUGAAAAGCAGUUACGAGAAGAGCUAGAUCGUGAGCUCGCUAGUCUCUUGAAUAACCCAACUGCAGCAAAGGAGAGACUAGUAGAAUGGCAAAAACGUAUGGCUGAAAUGCGGAUAGCUGAUGCAGCAAUGUCUCGUGAAAACGCUGCGUUGCGUCAAGAUUUGACUCGAGCCCGCUCAAGCGUUGAAUCAGAGAAAGCUGAAGCUCAAAAGCUAGCCGAGAAGCUCAUGGGUCUUCAAGCCGAGUUUGAUGAACGACAAUUGGACUGGGAACAACGCCAAACUGACUUGGAAAUGAGUUUAGUUCGCCUGCAAGAAGAGCGAGAACUAAUUUUCCGAGCAGCAUCGUCGUCCGAACUCAAAGACACUUUGCCUGAUCGUACUCUGCCUCUGGCAAAUCAAUUAGACGCCGCAAUCCAGUUACUUUUAGAACGUGCCAAACAAUCUAAAGCUUAUCAAUUCCAGCUGAGCUGUGCCAAUGAGCGAAUCAAAGAAUUGGAAGUCCAUUCCAAGCAUCAAGAAGGCCAAAUUAAUGCCAAAGAUGUUGAAAUUGUGGAUCUCAGGUGUCUCAAGAAUGAUGGUGACGUUCGCUUAUCACAAGUUGCAGUCAGCCGAGAUGAUCUUACCAGAUCCAUUGUUCAAGAAGCAGAAUCUGCGAGUGCUUUGGCAUCACGUGAAUUGAUUGAAUCUCUUCAACGGCAACUGGAGCACAAAGAGCAAAUGCUUCAAAAGUAUGCCAAUCGCCUGAAACAGAGUCAAGAAGCUGUCACUGCUCAAAAGAUGGCUGACGAGCGUGAAAUUGCACAUUUGACCAAGAUCAUCAAUACUCUGAAUGAUGGCAUGAUUGAGAGAUUAAAGAAACCAGCCGAUAAGAUUCAAUCUCAUUCGGAUAGUAAUCCUGAUGCUGGAACAAUCACAGAGCUGGAGCAUCUAGUAGCAGCCAAGGAUGUAGAAAUUUUGCAUCUGUCUCAAAGAGUCCAAGAGCUGACUGCAGAAGUUGAUGGCUGGAAGUCCAAGUUAACGGAUGUGGACUCGUAUCUCGGAAAGGAGCAAGAGAAAUGGUCAAAAGCACUGGAUGAUAUGGAAUCAGAGAAAGUUGAUCUUCUUGGAAAGGUUGCUGAAGCUCGCGCUGCAGCUGCUGAAGCUCCACCAAAGACCUUGGAACGUCAGGUUAAACGCCUCAAGACAGACCUCUCCACGCGCGACCUCAAAAUCAAAUCAUUGGAGCGUGCUAUCGAGCAAAUCAAGGCUACAGCAAUAGCCAAGGCUCGAGAGCCAUUGACUGAUGGUCAAGAGUCACGUCUUUCAUCUGCGUCAACGCGUAUAGUGCAAUUGGAAGCAAAACUUGACAAAUUGAAGAAAGUGGCAGCUUCUCAUCUAGAAGAACGUGACAAGUGGGAAAAGGAUCGGCGCACUUUGAGUGACGACAUAUCAAAUCUGACAAACAAGAUUCGUGACGCCGAAUCCAAAAUGCUAGAGGCCAAUCUUGAGCGAGAUAAAAUGGCUCAUGGUUUGCGAGUAUUGUCUCUUCGAGUACCUCCUUCCAGCAGGGCACAAUCCACUGAGCCAUUUGAACUCGGCGCUUCACCUGCUAUUGGAUCUCCUACCACACCAGUCUCCCCUGAAGUAGAACGUAUAGAAAAGAUUUCAUCCGCUGAACCACCGUCACUACCACCAAGAGUGGUUACCUUCUCGUCACGUCCUAAUAGUGCACCGGCAGUAAUGGCAUCUCCUGUCCAGUCCAGUCCAGCGGAGGCACCAGUAUCUGCUCGUCAGAAAUGGGAGUUGGAUCAUAAAACCCGGGUCAAAGUCGAUACGCUUCGUGAAAAGCUGGAAGAGAAGAAAAAAGAAGCUGAAACUGCUUUACGGCAAUUGGCUUCAUUGAGACCCAUUCUGGAAAAAGCUGAACGAGAGCGCCUCAGGUUACAGAAAAAGGUCGUCGAGCUCUCAUCUAUGCCGAAGUUAGACUUGGGAAUAGAACGCGAGAAGGAAGUGAGGCAUACUCUUGAAGUCGAAGAACUACGCAAGAAGAUUGCCGAUUUGCAGAGUGAAGUCGCUAGAUGGAAGAAGGUUGCAGAAGUAGAUGCCACGAAUGAAAUAUCUCGUCUGAAACAGGAAAAAUCUCAAGUGCAGGACAAGCUGGAUACUCUUCAGACACUUCAUGAGCAUUUGCAACGAGAUCUCGGUGAUUUGGAAGACUCUGUGUUGGAGCGAAGGAUUGCAACCCUUUUGGAACAAAAUCACGUCUUUCAAGAGGAAGGAUUGAAGAAGGAUACGGAGCUAGUUCAGAUAAGAGCUGAACGUGAUGUUGCCAAAGCCUCAUCAGAGCGUCUAGAGCAUCGUAUUCUUGAAUUGGAGGAAUCUCUCAACAAGAUGAGAUUGAAUGUCACCACUUCUAAUGAGUCUGACUACGGUAUUCGUCUUCCCAACUUUUUCAUUCCUUUGCCUGUUGCAAGUCACCCAUCUGUCAAAGCGAGUCGAGAGACUGAAAUGGCGCAAGUCAUCGACCACUUGUCGAAAUCGCUUGAAAAGGCUCACAAAGACGUAGAGCUACUACGAGCCAAAGCAACAUCGGACAAGCGAUACAUGGAGAUUGUCAAAGAGUGUAAGCAGCUCAAGACGGAACGAGACGAUGCUGUUCAAAAAAUUUCUGCUAGGUCCAACGAUGCUAAUGUUGAGAGGGUUGAAUCUGAAAACCAAAAACUUCGGACACAGCUACGCAAAGAGUCUUCCAAGCUGCAAAAGGAAGCUCGACGAGCAAUUGAAUUGGAAGAAGAAAACAAACGGCUCAAGCUGGAGGGUCAAGGCCUUAGAAGAGUUGUUGGUGAGGUCGCUACGCGAGAGGAUGUUUCUGACAUUAUUGACCGUCUGCGUUCCCAAUUGGCAGAAAAGGAGGUGCAGUUACGUGCCUUACAAGAAUCAUCGAGAAGUGGCGGUAGCAGUCACGACGGUCCUCUUUCAGAUCCAGAAAGAAGGAAACUUCUUCGAGAAUUAGAGCUGUGGAAGACUAGAGUAGCGAAAAUGACUACCCAAUUUGUUUCCUCUGAUGGCUUUGGUGGGCUUGCUGGUACAUCAAAUAGGUUGGACGAACUUGAGCAAGAAAAUCGUGAAUUAAGGAAUGAGCUUCAAGCAUUUGAUCCCAACUUUUUCGAGGAGUUGGAGGACUUGAAGUUUUCGCAUCGUCAAGCUCGUGACGACGACACAUAUGUACUAUGUAAUUCAAAUAAUGUAAAUCCAUAA